AUGGCGCUGUCCACCCCGCUCACCGAGCUCUUCAAGAUCAAGCACCCCGUCAUGCUGGCGGGCAUGGCUGCUCAGCUGCAUGCAGUCUUGGCAACAUCGGUGCAGCACUCAGGGCACAGCGGUGUCGGCUACACACCCGAGGCCCUGCGCAAGACCAUUGGGAUGCUGAAGAAGGAGCUGAAGGACAAGAACGCACCUUUCGGAGUGGACUUGCUGCUGCCGCAGGUCGGAGGUGGGGCACGGAAGACCAACAAAGACUACACGGGAGGAACGCUGCCACAGCUGGUCGAUAUCAUCAUUGAGGAGAAGGCCGCGCUGUUCAUUUGCGCAGUGGGCGUGCCGCCACAAUGGGCCGUCGACAAGUUCCACAACGCUGGCAUCCCUGUCAUGAACAUGAUCGGUGCCGUGAAGCACGUCGACAAGGCUGUGGAAGCAGGUGUCGACAUCAUCUGCGCUCAGGGUGGCGAGGGCGGUGGCCACACAGGUGACACCGCCACAGCCAUCCUGCUGCCAAAAGUGGUCGAUGCUGUCCGGGGAAAGAAGUCGCCACUCACCGGAGGGCCCAUCCAAGUAGUGGCUGCAGGCGGCAUCUACGACGGGCGCGGGCUCGCCUCCGCGCUGGCCAUGGGCUGCACCGGCGUCUGGGUGGGCACCCGCUUCAUUUGCUCCGAUGAAGCCGGCGCGGGCCCCUUCCACAAGCAGCGCAUCAUGGAUGCCGGCUUUAGCGACACCCUGCGAACCACGAUCUACACUGGCCGACCCAUGCGCGUGCUCAAGACCCCGUAUGUCCAGGACUGGGAGCAGAACCGCACCAAGGAGAUGCAGGAACUCCAGGCCAAGGGCAUCCCCCCUUGGGUCUCGGAUGUCAAGAACCUCGGAGACCUCGAAGGUGGCGCCAGCGUGGGCCUCCUUCAGCAGGCUGAGGUCCUCACCCAGGAGGAGAAGAAGAAUGGCUUGCAGCUAAACCGGAGACAGAUCCGUGAGCGCGGCGUCUUUCUGGCCGGUCAAUGUGCCGGGGCCAUCGAGGAUGUAAAGCCCGCCGGGCAGAUCGUGGAGGAGAUGGUCCAGCAGGCCGCAGAGCAGUUGAAAGUAGCAAGCACCUUCCUGGUGUCCAAGCUGUGA